UGAUUUGGUGUGGUGAACGACAGUGUGCUAUUCAGGGAGAGAGAGAGAGAGAGAGAGAGAGAGAGAACGGUAGACUAUCUGGUCGCCUUCUCCGCCUCCGUCGGGCCACCGGGCAGUCAUGUCUGCGACCACGACGGCUUCACUCCCCUGUUCCUCCCACUUGCUCCGUAGACUACAUCGACAAGGCUUAAGAUCCUCCAUCCUCUCCUUCAGCUCCAUUCCCAUCUCUAGAACUCACUCCUCCCCUUCUCCACCUUCUUCCAGCUCCUCCAUUUUUGGCCAGAAGCAGAUCGCUUCUGUAAGGAAGCAGCCCCCUCAUGGCGGCCGCUCCUUCUUCCGGCCCUUCUCCCCUGUCAUGGAGUGGCAGGAAUGCACGGUUAAGAUGGAGAUUGAUGUGCCGACUUCGGUUGCCUAUAAGUGCUACUCCGAUCGUGAAGCAAUUCCCCAAUGGAUGCCUUUUAUUUCGACUGUAAAGAUAUUGGAAGACCAACCCGAUUUAUCAAGAUGGUCCCUAAAGUAUAAAGCCUUUGGUCAAGACCUCGAGUACUCUUGGCUUGCUCGGAAUAUGCAGCCAAUCCCAAAUCAGAAGAUCCAUUGGCGGUCGCUAGAAGGUCUUCCUAACAGAGGAGCUGUUCGGUUUUAUCCCAAAGGUCCCUCUUCAUGUUUAGUAGAACUAACUGUUUCGUAUGAAGUUCCUCAACUUCUAUUCCCUGUGGCAUCUGCACUGAAACCUUUUCUGGCAAGCUUACUCGAACGUGGUCUCGAGCGAUUUGCAAGAUUUGCUAAAAGCCAUAAGAAAAACACUGCAAGGGACCAAGGAUCAUGGAAAAUCGAUUAGCAGCAGAAGAAAAGAAAAAAUAUUCUUAAUUACCAAGGAAAUUGUGAAGGGCCGAUUGAGCAAAACAUGGACAGGCUCGCAUUUGGGCCAAUCUUUCACUUUAGGUCUCACAUCCUGGCCCAAGACACCCUACAUAACAAGGUGGAGUUGAAGGUUUCUUGUUAUUAUCAUUAUUAUUAUUUUUUUCUCUCUCGAGGUCAAUGGGUCUAGUAUAGGGAAACGGAAACGUCAAAUAAAGGGAAAAGGGUGGUGCGAGGGGGAUCAUAGGGAUGCGAAUGGUGAUUAAGUCUGCACCUUUGUGCAUAAUAUCGGGUUCGCCUUAUCUAUUACUGCUGAACUCUAAGGCGUUUUGUCUCGGUCGAACUUGCUUAGGCUCUUGAGAUAGCUCACCAGCUCAUUUCUGGAGAUGGACAGUGUUCUCCGAUACUUCGAGGACUUCCCAGGAGAAUUUAGGACACUCUUCAGCAGAGAAUAUCGGAAGGUUAGGGUGCAAAAGAACGUACCUCCCGCGUAGGAAAGUUCUGUGCAAAUUGCCUCGUGAAAUGAGUGAUCUAUUUUCCUUUUACGUGUUCAUGUUUUUAAUUCCAUACCUAAAGGUUUCAGUCAUAUGUUAUUACAGAGACCUUGCCCAAGUUUCUA